AUGGAUGGUCUGAUGGGCUGGAUCGUACGAGCAUGCGUCACGGUCAUAGCCGCCUGCGACAACGUUGCGGCCACCACGGCGUUCGUCAGGGAGACCGCGGAGGCGAUGAGACUGGCCGCGGUGGCGGUCCGCAACCAGCAUCACGUGGACGAGCCGAUCCCGGACGACUGGGAGCAAGUGCCUGGUCCUGGUGGCGCCGCGCAGGCGCAGCGGCAGCCACCAGCUGCUGAUCACGGCGGCUCUGACGAUGCGGACGACACGAACUCGUGCGUGAUCUGCAUGGAGCCGUACGAGGCCGGCGGCGACGGGCGCAGCGUCUUGACGGCGUGCGGCCACAGGUUCCACAGAGGGUGCUUCGCGGCUUGGCUGCGCAGGAACCGCACCUGCCCGCUCUGCAGGGCUCCGAUUGAUGAGUCGGCGCCACCGCCGGCCGCCGCACGCACGGCCGGUGUUGCGGUGUAG